AACAAAAACUGCACAAUCUGCCUAAAAGGAUCAAAUCCAGCGCCUUAAUUUUCUUCGCCAAGCCUUCGUACAGGUUUUGAUGCUUAGUGUUUCACGUGUUUUGUGCCAAUGACGCUCUAGGGCUAUUGCGCCCAGGGUGGAUCGCAAAACGCAUGAAGCUACUACAUGAAGCCGCGCACCACACCACGUGGUGGUUGUGGAUGCUGGCCGCGAAAGACAUGCAUGCCUUAAAUAGUGUUUCGAAACCAGGACAAGAAGCAAGCUCGAAUAUUGAAAACAACGCAAAGCGAAAAAGCAAACCGAGGGAACCGAAUAAUCAAUCAGAACUGGAUAAGAUGCCUUCCUAUUUCGAAGAAUAGGUUAUAAUGCAUGUUAUACUAGUUAUGUUUCAUUAUAUAUUCUUUUGUUUUUUUUUUUCUAAUGAAAUAACAGCCGAAAGGAGAAGAUAAAACGGAAGAAAAUCGAGAGAAAAAUAGACAAAACAAAGUAUAUUAACAUUCGACAUUUACUACCUACAAAGAUGUAAGGCUUAGUGUAUGUAUCAUGUACCGUGAAUGUUGUUUCCGUGUGUACACGCCGCCAAUAGCAGGAUGAAAAAAAAACAGGGAAUGAACGAGCGUUUGCUUCCCAGUUUAUGUUUCAAUUUUUAUUUUUUUUAUCCAAGCAAUGUGCGUAAGUCCAAAUUUAAAACAUUUAAACGUGUGAUAUGGAACCGAAAGCAGGGGCCGUGGUGAACGUGGAAAACACCCCGGGAGACCCAGUUCAUCGCGACGUGGGUUGUUUUACGGGGCAAGAAAGACAGUUCGGCGAGAAGCCACAAAUGUAUAACGCAGUGUCUUAGCUGAGAUAAGCAAAUCGAUUCGUUCUCUUUUUCUACUCGAGCAUAAGAUAAGUGGGGAGAGCUUUAGCGACGUAAUAUAUUCCACGUUCGAACUGAGCUAGCAACUAGGCAAGGGGGCCUCGGGCCCCACCGGGAGGCUCGAUUUUGAGUUUCCGUUUCCCGCUCUCCUUUGCUUCCCUCUCCAUCCCGCUACUCGUCAUGCAUUUCUCAUCUGACUGUUAGAAGCUUUUCAAGUUUUUCGAAACACACGCAUUCAAACCCAUCACCCCGCCAUUAGUAUGUGUAUACCCAGAGCGAUUAUUAGAGGCACGAUUAAAAUUUACCGAACGAAUAAUUAUUCUACUUUGUACCUGUAUGUUGGCCUCGAUGUUGUCCUGCAGAGGAGCGGCGCAUAAUGAUGAUAGAAACCGACAAUGGAAAUCUCUUAAUUUACAACACAUUUGAGCUUACGAGAUAACGGCGCAUAUGGACAGCCAGGGCGCGUUGGUGAACUCACGCAUUAGAAAAUGACAGAGAUUUGUUCGAAGAAAGUCACAGAACGAACGGCAUCCAAUAUAAAUUAAUAACGAAAGAUUUCUAUGCUUCCAACAACGUCUCCAAACCUUUUCCAUCUUCUAUUCUACAAUAACCCAAACACUCUCUCUCUCUCUCUAUCUCUCUCUUCCUCUGUACGUUCCCUUGAGCUCAUGAGUCCCAUUUGCGAGAAAACCAACGUUUCGUUCAUACCGUACAACGCUAUUGUUCACCGAUAAUGAGGAUGAUAUUUAAAAUUGAUAUUCCAAAUUUCAUGUCCAUGCUUCCAGAAGCGCACGAACGUGCACAGCACGUUGCCUGCAUGUUCGCACAACAUAUAAGGCAGCAGAACCAGCAUAAAUGACAGUGAAAAGUGGAUCGUUGAAGGUGUUCAAAAGGUGCGAGAGACAUUUAGGUUAGAGCAUAAAAGGGAAAGCACUCGUUAUGACGAUGCAGAAAACCAAACAAUGGCAACAAUCCCUGUGUCAUAUGUGUAAAGCAAACGAUACUGAAUGAUUGGUACAACAACUAAGAAAGCUGAGAGGAUAGGAUAUGUGUUUCCUUGGGAGAACUACACAGAUUAACGGAGGAAUUCGAGAAGCUCGUGUAACAUCACCAAGUGUGUGAGAAAUACCCAGUACUUCUGUAAACAAGAGCAAAUUAUGGAGAAAUGAAAAUAUAAACAACCGGCAGACUCAAUUUGCGCCUCAUAAAA